AUGGGUGACUACUCGAAAGCACUUGAAUUUUACGACAAAACACUUAAAAUAGAAGAAAAAACUCUGCCUCCGAAUCAUCCCUCAUUGGCUACUUCAUACAGCAACAUCGGCUCUGUGUAUGACAACAUGGGUGACUGCUCGAAAGCACUUGAAUUUCACGAUAAAGCACUUAAAAUCUACGAAAAAACUCUGCCUCCGAAUCAUCCCUUAUUGGCUACUUCAUACAACAACAUCGGUUCUGUGUAUGACAACAUGGGUGACCACUCGAAAGCACUUGAAUUUCACGACAAAACACUUAAAAUCUACGAAAAAACUCUGCCUCCGAAUCAUCCCAAUUUGGCUACUUCAUAUAGCAACAUCGGUCUUGUGUAUGACAACAUGGGUGACUACUCGAAAGCACUUGAAUUUCACGACAAAGCACUUAAAAUAAAAGAAAAAACUCUGCCUCCGAAUCAUCCCUCAUUGGCUACUUCGUACGCUCACAUCGGUCUAUUACACGACAAAAUGCGUGAUUAUUCGAAAGCACUUUCAUUUUUAGAAAAGACACUUGCUAUUCGACAAAAAUCACUCCCACCAACACAUCCUGAUAUUAAGCGAGCGAUAGAUAAUAUUGACUAUGUGAAAAAGAGGAUGUAA